UGAAGUUUAGUUAAUCGUCUCCUGCCAAUUAACGCAUGAGUCUCGGCAAUAAAUAAAAGUUUGCUACACUUUUCAGGCUAAGGACGGUCGCGCGCGAACGUCACGACUCGUGGCGAUUUGGGUCACCGCUGUGUCGAAGGAUUCAAUUAAAUUACACACUACCUUACAGAGCUCCGAAUGUCCGAGCAACAGGUAAAUAAUACUAAGCUUACCGCCUCUAACUGUCAAAUUUCUUUUUGCAAUUGCUGAAACUGCCGUCGUUGAAUAUUUGAAACAAAAAAAAAACAAGUUUUAAGCAUUCGCACGAUAUUACGCAAUGUUUGCUAAAUGUGUUUGAAACAUGAAACUAAGUUGAGCGUGAUUAGAGAAAGUGUAUGCUAAUUAAUAGUGCAAAGUAUUGAUCAAUUGUUUCAACGUGAUUCUAAAUAUAAAAUUCCGUUGGGAAGACAAAGUUCGCGCGCAAUACGGGCGCAGGCAGGUAGUGUGGGCGCGCGGUCGAGGCGCGGCGGGCGGGCGGCGGCGGCAUAUCGAUUCCGCAGCGGCUUCAGUCGGCGUCCGUCGAGCGCCGCGCUGCGCCGAGCCGCCGGCGAGCGGGCGUCGCCCCUCCCUCGGCCCGCACCCUGCCCCCUCCGCCCUCGUCCACCGAAUCUCUCGUCGCCCGUCGCCGGCAAACUCGAACGACCUCUUUCCGCUAACUAACGUCGCACCGCGCCCGCCAGCCGCCGCGGAACUACGCUCGAUCGCUAAGCGACUGACUUUUCCAACUAUAAAAAUAACUUGAUUUCGCAUCGUAAAAAGAUAAACAUUGACUCGAUAGUAUCCUAGCAACGUCGGGACGAUGUUUGAGAGUGCGUUGUUAUGGCGUAGGAUCUAAGAUCUACGUGGUCGGUAGUUCUGUGGUAGUGCGAGUGAUGUGGUGUGCGCGGCGGCGAGCAUGGUCGGCGCGGGGUGCGCGCGCGCCGGGCGGCGCGUAGGAUGGACUGCUGUAACUACGAGUACCGCGCGGGCGGGGGUUACGCCCCGCCCGGCUGGGAGGGCUACGCGCCGUACGCGCCGCUGUACGCGCCGUACGCGCACGGCUACUACGCGCACGCGCAUCAUGACCCCUACGCACGCUACUACCGCUACGACUACCCGCACCACGCACACCAUAAUGAUCAUGUCUCCCCGAUGGACUACGGCGCUUACGCGACGAAAGAAGCGCGCGUGCGACGCGCGCUGGCGCGGCGAGAUGCGCGCGCGCUACCGGCGCAACACCUGCCUCUCACGCCUACGCCUCCUUUAGAACACGGGCUGAACAAUCGGGGCUCUUCCUACUGUGAACCGCAAAUGUGGUCACAUUAUCAGAUGGGAGCGAUGAGUGGCGGCUGGAGUGGUAGCGGGCCGGGCGGGACGUGGGCAGCGCGAGGCACGUGCGCCCGCGACCUUCCACGCUACCCGCCUGACUGCCGGCCGCUCAAGGGACCCCAGCUGCAUCUCCAAAAUCAAAUGUGCGCUUCCGAAGGGCGAUCGACGCCUUACCCAGUGUAUGAAGACUCUCCGUACAGCGGUCAGAAUGGGCGCAAGCCGAGUCCUGCGCCGCGCUCCGGCCCGGCCGCGGAGCGCGCCCGCGAGCGCCUCUCCGCCGAGCCCAGGCGGUCACCUCCGCCUGAGCCUAGGCCGCCCGUAGUGCCUCUACCCGCUUUCCAGCAGGCCUUCGGCUCCACCGAAAUCGGAAAGUUUGCGGAGGCAUUCAGCCGCACGGAGGUCGCACUCGAGGACGCCUCGGAGAGCUUUGGCUACGAGUCCUUCCCCGAGUGGGACGCGCCCGAGCCGCAGUGGUCUUCCCAACCUUCCGCGCGAGAGGUCAAAUGCGAAGACACCUUUUGAGCUGUCUUCGCUCUAGUGCUAAUUAUCGGCGUAAGCCGACUAGUUAAUUAGACAAUGUUUAGUUCCACCACCUUGUUGCCAAAAUGAUUAGCGAUGGAGUUCGAUAUCUUAGAACUUUAGGAUGUGAUACCAAAUUUACAAAUGUGUACGAAUAAUGAAUCGGCCGGUAAAAUAGUGGUGUGUCGUUUAAUUUAUAUGAAGUAGCAUUAUGUUAUUGUUCCCUUUGACUAGUUUUAGACUCACCUCAAUGAGAUGAACAAAGUAACUUACUGACAAAGGGAUAUAGGAAUUAAGGUACUGCAAUGCAUAGUAGAACAAAUAAAUCAUGACUAAAUGUGCCUUUAUUCGGAGAGCCCGGCCCUAGCGCGCCCCUGCCCCCGCCCACUGCCCGCAGCGCGCCGGCGUGGAUGACGUCAUACAAUAGCAAUUAUUGGGACCAACGUUUAGACAAAUAUACACCACCCAGUCGCAUACACGACCGAUGCACACAUGCACUCUUCAGCAACGUUGUUCUUUACGCAGCAGGAACAUUACAACAACAGUUAGGUUAGACAAUGAUCAUCUCUGUAUAUCUACAAUCCUACUAGCUUUUGCCCGCGACUUCGUCAGCGUGGAAUUAGUGACAGCAGCUAAAGUGAGUGUAGCGCCUGGAUAAAGUCUAAUGGCAAUCAUUCAAUUUUGAGCAUAUGCUUAGUUGCUUACGUCAACUAACAGGCAGCUCAUUAAUUAUCUUAAUUCCACCCCCGUUUCACCCUCUUUAGGGAUGAUUUCCGACAUAAAAACUAUCCUAUGUCCUUCUCCGGGACUCAAACUAUCUCUAUGCCAGAUUUCAACUAAAUCGGUUCAGCGGUUUAAGCGUGAAGAGGUAACAUACAGACAGACAGACAAACAGACAGAUAGACAGUCAGACUUUCGCAUUUAUAAUAUUAGUAUGGAUUAGUAUGGAUAGAAUUACUUACAGGAAAUAAAAGACGACGAAACAAUUAUAAGACAUUCAAGAUGACAACAUAUUUUGAUAUGGCGUAGAAAAUGAUAUUGAAACUGUGUCGUCAAAAAAAAAAACGUUUCAGAUAUUCGUUCUGGGCAAAUCGAAUGGAAGGGGGGCUAGGGAGAUGCCGCGCGAGACUAUAAUAAACAUUCGAAAUUAUUCAGGAAAAAUAUAAACAAGUCAUGUAUGUACGUAGGUAUAUUUAGGUAGUUAAAUUUGAUAAAAUUUUUGAAGAGAUUACACACUUAUGAAUAAAAUGGCUUUUUAAUUAAACGAUUAGGGGUCCAACAACUUUCAUGUAAAGUUUCUGUAAUCAUUGUGCUAAUUUCGUUAAAAUCAUCUGUUUCGAGUCCAACGUUGACUUGGCACAAAUUAUUUGUGUUAGAGAAAUGGAUCUUCACUGUCAGACCGAAUUUUUAUUUGGAAUGAUUCCAAUAAUUAAUUAGUUAUUGAGUAUGUUUAACUCUCUGUGAUAUAUUAAUUUUGUUAUGUUACUUCUAAAUUGUACGUGUUUACUGUUCAAUUGUAUUUGUAGAUUUUGUAGCUCUUUUAUUAUUUGGUACGGAUUUGUUAGUUCAUUCGCACAUUUAAUUGAAAUGUUAGUAAACUUUUGAAGAAAGUUUUGUAACCGUAUUAUGAUUAAGUCGUUAUUUCGUUACUUAAAACUUCUGAAGUUGUUGAUUUCCAAGUAGGUAUGUGCCACGUGUUGGAUAGAUUGAUCUUGUUCUUUGUAAACUUUAUAACCGCUACCGAAUCGUGGUUUCUUCGCCUUUAUUUUUCAUCAUUCCUAAGUUUAGUUAUUUAUUUAUGAGUAUUUCACAACGAAUGAAAAUUCGGCGUUUUGAUAAACCACUAAUAUCAGAGGGUAUUGCAAGAAAAAAGUGUAGGUUUGAAUUGCAAUGACAGAAUCCCAUACAAAAGGCAGUAGCAAGUAAAGAGUGGCGACGCGCGCCGCGCGCCGCCGGCAACCACCUUCUUCCUGUGGUCUUCGUGUAAUAGUUAAACAAAUCUUCGUGUACCAGUAUUUUUGAUCUCUUUCGACAAAAAACAGCAAAAUUAAUGGAGUGCCUUACCUAUUUAAAUAUGAUAUGAAAUUAGGAUGGAUGAAUUUUAUUCUAGCAUAAUUUGAUGAAACACCAUAAUAUAAUAGCAUAAUAAAACUUCCUUGAAACCGAGUAGGUAUUUCUUUAAAUAGUAGAUAAUAUAUUGUAAUGAAUUUAAUAAAAGUUAUUUAAUAAUUAUACAUAUAAUUAAUAACAUAAAUCUAAAAUAAUUAUGGUGUGCACUAUUAUUUGAAAGAAAAUAUAUUUACGAAAUCAAUUUGUUAUUUUGUAGAAACGUAAGUAGUCUCUACUAAUGUUUGGUUGCGUAUUUAAUGCUAAUAGCCUAUACCUUCCAUUUAUUUCCACUUUCUUAAGAACCGUCUUUAUUAAAUUAUAAGCAUUGAUUAUAGAAAUGUCUAACUAAAUUGCAUGUGAGAAAACUGUAAGAACCUUCAUUAUUGCACUUUAGGAAAUCUACGAGGCUUGUCUUUUAUAUUUUAAUUUUCAUAAAAUUCACAAUAGAACAAAUAGGUAGCAAGACAAAUUACUUUCUUUGCGUGAAACCAAGUGGCAGUUUGGCGCUAGAUACUAUGUCUCCAGUAGACAAAUACUUAUGACAUGACCAUUAAGGGACAAUUUUUCUUUAAGCUUUCAGCUGCGUAAGGCGUAAAGUUGUACUUUCGAUUUAUUUAAGCCUUAACACUUUUAAUCUCAAGUCUGUUUAGUGAAUGCUUGAUAAAAUAUUAAUGCAAAUCUGGUAGAAAAAUGCUCCUGUUACUUUGAACUCUUUAAAAUAAAGUUUAUUAAAUCUAAAUGUAGCCUGUGCCACAUGAUGUGUAUAUACAAUAUACAUUUCCCUAGAUAGUCCUAUUGUUAUAUGUUUAUAUUAGGAAAGUCAUUUUUACUAUAGCGAAUGUAAAGAACUUAUUGAAAUUAGGUGUUCCACAAAAGAGCUUCCUGAUUGAUUACUCCAUGAUUUGUCUACCAUCAGAGUUAGUUGUGUUGUUCCCAAAUAGUAUUGUAAUAUAAUGUAUCUUUAUUAUAAAAAUACCAUAUUUGCCGGAGCUCAUUAAUGAGCAUAUAUAAAAAAAACCGGCCAAGUGCGAGUCGGACUUGCGCCGCACUUCGGUUCCGAAUCAUUGCGCAAAAAAGGCAAAAAAAUCACGUUUGUUGUAUGGGAGGCCCGCUUUAAUAUUUAUUUUAUUAUAUUUUUAGUAUUUGUUGUCAUAGCGGCAACAGAAAUACAUCAUCUGUGAAAAUUUCAACUGUCUAGCUAUCACGGUUCAUGGGAUACAGCCUGGUGACAGACGGACAGACGGACGGACGGUAGAGUCUUAGUAAUAGGGUCCCGUUUUUACCCUUUGGGUACGGAACCCGAAAAAGUUGUUUACAAUAUCUUUAUCACUUUUUUAUAUUUUCGUAAUUACGAAGAACCUCAAAAUGUAUAAUUUUAAUGAAAAAAUUGGCACCAAAAAGGUGUUUUAUUAAAAGUUUUAAGAAAGUCUUAAUUUUGUGCAAACUUAGUUCAAAUAUGCUCUAAUGUGGUCAUAUCAUUGAUAAAAGGGUUUUUUUCGGAAUAGCUUGUGGUUACCAUUUUUGUAAAUUUCCAAAUAAAUUCUUACUAAAUACCUAUAUGAAAUUAAAUCCUACUUUGACCUGAAAUCAGAUAUAAACAAUAUUAUGAUGAUAGAUAAAUUUUGCUCAAACUUGAAACUACAGAACUAAAUAAAUUUAAAAAUAUAAUCUUAAGGCUUAUUCUAAUUCUAAUAACAGAUGAUGAAUUUGAUCUGGAUUUCUUAUGGCUAAUGUCAGUAUCGAAAGUGACAUUUCUGGUUAUUAAGAUCAGAAUAAGCCUCCUUAUCACUUGUCUACGGUAAGGUUAAGGCAGGUGUCAUGUUAUUUGCCAAUUUUAAUGCGUACUAAAUAUGAGAACUAAGUAAUUAUUUGUUUGCAUUGAGUCCACGAUUGGUCAACACAAUUUUGUCGUUUAGUCGUAGGCUAGUUCAGGUUUAGAUUCAGGUUGGUCUUAACGGACCCACUGAUUAUCAGUCCGCCGGACGAUAACAGCCUGUCAGUUAAAACAAAAAUUUGACAGUUCCGAACAGCUGACAGGCCGAUAUCGUCCGGCGGACUGGUAAUCAGUGGGCUCCUUUAUCGAGCGUAGGUUUACAAAAUAUCAAUGCCUAUGCUAGGCAAUUGAGCACACAUUCAAAAUUAACGUAAUUCUAAAUUUAGUGCUUUGAACUUAGAGCCUUCUUCAAAUAUAACGCUGAAUUCAGACAAAAUAUGGAAAGAAAACACUAUAAGAAGAUCUAUAUUUAUAGAUCUUUUUUUUAGAGAAUUUUCUCUGGAACACAUGAUUCAAAUUGUCUUGUUUAGGCAUAGAGGAUAACGAAACGGAGACGCUUCGUCUGUAAUUUUCUGUACAAAAAAGUUUGCCGAUUUUUGCGGGGGAGGGGAACGUCAAAUGUAUACGUAACGUAAACAUAGCCACGUCAGAUAAACGUGUAUUGUGUAUGACCAUUGGCCGACUAUUUUCGACAGAGGGGGAACGCCUGUUAAUAUCUACUCCGUUUGGUUAUAUCCUCUAUGUGUUUAGGUAUAUUAGGAAAUCCUAUUUAUUGCUAUAGGCAUGAUUUAUAAAUGAGUCGGUGCAAUCAAAAGAUCGGUGAAAUGUAAAAUUUCAACGAUCACGUGAAACAAUAUGUAGUAGAGCGAAGGUAAAACUGCUCUUUACAAUAAACUUGAUUAUUAUUUAAAUAUUUGGCCAGUAAAAAACCUAAAAUUGUUGUCACAGUGAAGUACUGAAAAAGAUUUUUGUAAGCUAGUUAUAAUUAUCACGUACCUUGUAAAUACUUAUUAUAUUUUAAAUGUUUCACUCAUAUCAUUCUAGAGAAACAGAUUUAUUAGAGAAUUGUAAGGUUUUAAAUUCAUGACACUGAUAUGUUUGAUUUAUAAAAGUGGAUUUACUAUUUAAUAAACAUAUUGUACCUACAUGA